AUGUCGCGACCAGAGUUCACGGCUCCUCCUGAAAUCUUCUACAAUGAAGAUGAAAGUAGAAAGUAUACACAGUCAAACCGUGUCCAGCAAAUCCAAGCUACCAUGACUCUGCGUGCCUUGGAACUCCUCAACCUCCCCCCACACCAACUAAUUCUUGACAUAGGAUGCGGAUCCGGCUUAUCUGGUGAGAUUCUCACCGAAGAAGGUCCGCACGAGUGGAUCGGGAUGGAUAUUUCAGCAUCGAUGCUGGCGAAUGCGCUCGACAGAGAAGUUGCUGGCGACUUGUUUCUCGCAGAUAUGGGUGCUGGUGUGCCCUUCCGAGCAGGUGUGUUUGACGCAGCAGUGAGCAUCAGUGCCAUCCAGUGGUUAUGUAAUGCUGACCGUGCAGAUGCAGAACCUAAGCGUCGUUUGGCAGCAUUUUUCGGGACUCUUUUCGCAGCUCUGAAGCGUGGUGGGAAAGUGUGUUGUCAGUUUUAUCCUACAUCUCAAAAGCAAACAGAUGCCAUUCUUUCCGCAGCAAAGACUGCUGGGUUUGGUGGUGGAUUGGUAGUUGAUGAUCCGGAGUCUAAGAAAAAUACAAAGUAUUACUUGGUGCUAACUGCCGGACAGGUGGAAAAUGAGGCCGAGCAGAUUAAUCUUGCUGGUGUGACGAUGGAUGAGGCCGUAAGACGGUCAAAGAAAAACGGUAGUGGGAAGAAUGGCGAGACCCGGAAAGAUUACAUUAAGCGCAAGAAGGAACUACAGAAGUUACGUGGCAAGGUUGUCAAAGAAGACAGUCGGUACUCGGGACGCAAGCGUCGGCCACGGUUCUAA